AUGUCAAGACAUCCCUACCAAAAACGUCUCCUCAAGGAGUAUCAAGGUUUAACAAAAUCGCAAUUACAGGGUAUCAAACUAAUCUCAAACGAUGAUACUUUGACCUACUUUCUUUUCCAAAUCAGUGUCUCGAAUCACUCAUUAUACCCGGAUAACUAUUUAUUAUCAAUUUGCAUAACACGAGAAUAUCCAGUAGAUGCACCAUCUGUGAAAUUUGUCAAACAGGCGUCAUCAACAACUACUUUAAUACUGCCAAUACCUGUGCACCCGCACAUCUACUCAAACGGACACAUAUGCCUCAAUUUACUAGGCGACGAUUGGACACCUGCAUGCUCAAUAGAGACCAUCUUGUUAAGUAUACAAAGUAUGUUGGACACAAACGAUUUAAAUGAGAGACCACCAGAUAAUCAACAAUACAUCCUACGUGCGCCACAAGAUCCAAAGAAGUCGCGAUUUAUAUAUCACGAUGAUAAUGUAUAA